GCUUUGCAAAUGAAGAAAUUGUUCAAGGAGGUCUGUAAAGGGUUUCUUGAAAGUUAUGAUGAGUUUGAAUUGAAGAUCUUUUACAACAUGAUACAACAUUUGGAAAAAUAUCACAUGCCUCAAAUGUUUGAAAAAGACUUGGUAAUCCGAGUUGGAGAAUAUAAUGCUAUUUCUGAAAUCAAAGCAGGUGGUGCAGCAAUGAUGCAAUACUCUGAUUCACUUAAAUCAUUAUAUGUCAAGUAUGGUGAAAUAUUGCAAGUGCUCUGUCAAGGAAGGAAGGAAAAAGGAGAAGAAGAAGGGGAAACCAAAUAUGAAGAUAAACUCAUUUAUUUGACAGGAAUCACCGGAAGACUUGAUGGAAAUUUGUUCCCACCAGCUCAAGUUAAAAACCAUGCACCAAUUCAAGAUAUUCCUGAUGAAGAUGAGAAACAUGUGCAUAAAAAAGCAAAAAUUGAAACCAAUAACUACAAAGUUAUGGAAAGUUUGAUCAAAUCCUGGGAGGAACAAAAUGAGGAUGAUUUGUCUCUUCAUUCAAAAACCUAUAUCCCCAUUGAUGAACAUAAAGACCUAUAUAUAGAAGAUUUUAUCUCAGAACUCAACAAAAAAAGUCUAAAUAAUUUCAGCCUUCUUGACCACAUCAUAGAAGAAAAUGGAGGAGACUAUGAAGAUCCUAAGAAUCUCCUGGUAGAUAUGAAGCAUAAAAUUGAAGCCCUCUUGAAAUUGAAAAAUGCUGGUGAUCUUUGAAUUCAUCUUUAUAAAUCAUAAGAACCAAUAUUUAAAUUUAAAGAAACAAUAUAU